UUGGCCUCAAUCCGACCUAACCCGGCCCAACUUGCACCGCAAUAUGCAGAAGCAACUUUCUCGACUUCGGGCUUCGGCUGGUAUGAAUAUCCGGUGGCUGCAGGGAAACACUCCGAUUGACAACAUGGGAAUAGAAAACAGCAGAAUAAUUCCAUUGUUCGACCUCUCUUCAAAAACCCAUCCACGUAAGGAUUCAAGGAAUACGUAUGCAGUUAGGCAUAAGUGUUGAACAGUGAUACUUAUCACCAUUCACCAUUUACGGAGAUCAUGUUAAUAUCCUCUGUCGAUGGUUCCAAAAGCUCUUAGUCGAUGAAUGUAUGUAGUAGUGGCUUGGGAGAGUGGAUUUUGACUUCAUGAUUCAUGGCUCCCGGCGUCUCAUCUCGGUUCCAGUUUCAGUUACACUCAGACCUAAUCUACCUCUUCGGUUUCUUUUUCGCUCUUCACAAUUUUGUUCUACGGUUUCUCAUUAUGAUCACCAAAGCCCGAUUGAAUUUGGCCAAAUCCUGUUCAGAAUCAGCAGCAGUCGGAAUAACAAUAACUACUACUACAAUUGCACAGUCGAUAAAUUCGAUCAUCUCCUCCAGCAGUGUACAACAGUUCAACAAUCCAAACAGAUUCAUGCUCAGAUCAUUCUUUUUGGAACAUAUGGAUCUGCAUUCCUUGCUGCAAGACUCGUAUCGGUCUACAGCAGAUUUGGGCUUCUUUCUGAUGCCCUAGAGGUCUUCCGCAGCGUACCCAUUGAAUGUAAUUCUGGCGUACUUUUAUGGAACUCCAUUUUGAGAGCAAAUAUUUAUCAUGGGCACUGGGAAGAAGCUCUUAGCCUCUACAUGCAAAUGCGUAAGUUUGGUAUUGCUCCGGACGGGUUCACUCUCCCCUUAGUUCUUAGAGCUUGUGCUUCCACGGGAAACUUGGUAUUGUGCAAGAAUAUUCACUCCCAUGCUGUACUGUUGGGUUUGCAGUUCCAUCUUCAUGUUGCGAAUCAAUUGGUCAAUAUGUAUGGGAAAAUUGGGCGAAUGGAUUAUGCCCGCCAAUUGUUUGAUAGGAUGCCUUGCAGGACUGUUCUCUCUUGGAAUACUAUGAUUUCUGGUUUUUCUUUGAAUUAUGACUGUGAUGGUGCUCUUGAGAUGUUUGGGCGAAUGGAAUCUGAAGGUUUUGAGCCAAAUCUUGUGACAUGGACGUCCUUAUUGUCAGCUCAUUCUCGAUGUGGGCAGCAUGAGGAAGUUAUGAGGUUAUUUGACAGUAUGAGAAUGAGAAGCAAUGGUUCUACUGCUGAAGCAGUGGCUGUGGUUUUAUCCGCUUGUGCAAAUUCAUAUUCAUUGGACAAGGGUAAGGAGAUCCAUGGUUAUGUUAUUACGAGUGGAUUCCAAGAUUAUGCAUUUGUGCAAAACUCGCUUAUAUCCAUGUAUGGGAAACAUGGAGAUAUUGAGGAUGCUAAGAAGCUAUUCUCUGAAAUCAAAGUGAAGAGCUUAGUGAGUUGGAAUGCAAUGCUAUCCUCUUAUGUAGAAACUGGCUUUUGUGAUGAGGCAUUGGAGCUUUUCUCUUACUUGGAGAACACAGAGGACAACCAACUGCUCGGACCCAAUUUGAUAAGUUGGAGUACGCUCAUUGAUGGUUUAUCUUCCAAGGGGCAGCGAGAUGAGUCCCUGGAACUCUUUCGUCGAAUGCUGCAUUUUGGUGUCAUGCCGAAUUCAAUCACAGUUGCCAGCAUUUUAUCAGUUUGUGCAGAUUUAGCAGUGCUGGGUCUUGGAAAGGAGAUUCACGGUCAUGUGGUCAGAAGUUUGAUGGAUAAGAACAUUUUGGUGGGUAAUGGACUGGUAAAUAUGUAUACAAAGUGUGGCAGUCUCAAACAGGGGCGUUUAGUAUUUGAUAAAAUUGGAAGUAGAGAUGUAAUCUCUUGGAACACAAUUAUUGCAGGAUAUGGACUGCAUGGAUUCGGCAGGGAUUCUAUAAACACUUUUGAUGAGAUGAUUAGAGCUGGAUUCAAGCCUGAUGGCAUCACAUUUGUUGCUGUUCUUUCAGCAUGUAGCCAUUCUGGGCUACUCAAUGAGGGCCGUGGGCUAUUUGGUCGGAUGAUGGAUGAAUUUAUGAUCCUUCCUCAAAUGGAACACUAUGCUUGUAUGGUUGAUCUUCUUGGGCGAGGUGGGCUAUUGCAAGAGGCAAGUGAGCUUGUGAAGACAAUGCCCAUGGUGCCCAAUUCCUGUGUCUGGGGAGCACUGUUGAACUCGUGCAGGAUAUAUGGAAAUACAGAGGUUGCAAAAGAGACUGCCUCUCAGAUUUUCAGCCUUGAAUCAGAGACUAGUGGGAGUUACAUGUUGCUUUCAAAUAUCUAUGCUGCAUGUGGGAGGUGGGAUGAUUCUGCAGAAGUGAGGGUGCUAGCAAAAAUGAAGGGUUUAAAGAAAAGCCCAGGGCACAGUUGGAUUGAGGUGAAGAAGAAGGUUUAUAUGUUCUCAUCGGGUAGCUCUUUGCCACCUGGUUUUCAGGAAGUUUAUGGAGUUCUCAAGGAUUUGUGUCAAUAUAUGGAGAGUAAGGGUUACAUACCUGACAAGAGUUUUGUGUUGCAAGAUGUAGAUGAAGAAGAGAAAAGGCAGAUAUUGUAUGGGCACAGUGAGAAGCUAGCAAUUGCAUUUGGACAUGCUAACAUUCCUCCCAGUAUGCCCAUUAGGGUCAUGAAGAACCUUCGUGUUUGUGGUGAUUGCCAUAACUGGACCAAGUUCUUCUCCAAGGUGACAACACGAGAAGUUAUUGUUAGAGAUGGACGCCGUUUCCAUCAUUUCAUGGAUGGGUUGUGUUCCUGCAAUGACUUUUGGUGACUGUUCAUCUUUGUCUGAGGAAAGUCAUUGAUACUUGCAAAGAGAAAAAAAAAGUUAAAACUUGCCAUUAUGUCGAAUCACAAUAGGCCUUAGGAUGCCGAAGUCAUGCUGAUUGUUAAUAAACUGUAAUUUGAUUGUCUUGAGCUUAUUGAAUCUGGAUAAAUUCAAAUAGGAGGGAAUCACUUCUAGACAUCAUUGUUUUCAUGCAAACUGGUAAAUUGGAUUUAGGUCUUUUUUUCAUGUACUGCAGUCAUUAUGAAGUAAUACACUCUUUUUCCUAGCAUUUAGCAGUAAAAAUUAACAAGAAUUCAGCAAUUCA